CGGGCCUGCAGUCAAAAGCCGGCCUGGACAGCGACUUGGGCCGCAGGAAGCAUCCUGAUCACCGCGAGCACCCAAUCUUCCCUUCUCGAUCCUCAGCCAUGCUUUCGCAGUUUACUCGCCGCAUCGGAACAUCUGCCGUGCGCGUUGCCAUGCAAACCACCGCGGCCCGCACCUUUGUCUCGAACCCAGUGUCGUCCAAGCUGUGGUCUCUUGGAGCUCUCAACCACGUUGCCAUCGCAGUGCCCGACAUCGACAAGGCCACGACAUUCUACCGCGAUGUGAUGGGUGGCAACUGCAGCGAGAAAGUGCCCCUCCCAGAGCAUGGCGUCUACACUGUCUUUGUUCAUCUCGGAAACACCAAAAUCGAACUUCUCUACCCGUUAGGCGAAAAGAGCCCAAUUGAAGGAUUCCUGAAGAAGAAGCCCGAGGGUGGUAUCCACCAUAUCUGUAUCGAGGUCGACGACGUCAAGGCUGCUAUCGUAGAUCUCAAGACCAAGGGCAUUCGCUCGCUGGAUCCCGAGCCCAAGAUCGGUGCCCAUGGCAAGCCCGUCGUCUUUUUACAUCCUAAGGACUGUGGUGGCGUUCUGGUCGAGCUUGAGCAGCGCUAAACGCUGGAUUGCGAUGCCAGCCUGGUGCCCCUGCCUGCUGUCACACCAGGAGAAAGCGAACCAUCGCAGUCUCUGACGAUACAGGCUGUUGCUCACCGGCGCUGAAUACAGCUGGUUUUUCUUUCUUUUUUUUUUUUCUUUUCCAAGAGCACCUGGAAAGCGGUGGCUUCACUUCACUAUUAAUAUCAUCCCCUGACAACGGGAAACUCGUAUUUUCAGGGGACACAUGAUAGCGUAGUAUGCGAUGGCAUGCGUCUAACUAUGCCAUAAGAAAUACAUCAAAUCACUUUGGCAGCCUCCGAGUGAACACCACCGGUCGC